AUGGCGCCCAAACCGUCGUCCAAAGCAUCCGCCAAAGCUGCUGCCGACUCACGCAAACGCCAAGUGUCGAAUGCAGGCCAGAAACCCAUCAAACAAAGUCGACGUGGCACCAAAACCAACAACAACAACAACAACAACAACGUAAAUGCGCAAGACACUGACACCGCUGUCGAAAAUUCCACAAUGAAAUCAAGAGGCAGAGGAGGAAAGAAAGCAACACGAGGAUGGGGCAAGAAAGGCCCUGCAGCUGCAAGGUGCGUCGUACCCACACGAUUGAAAACUGCGCAGGAUUGCAAUUGGGAGGACGCGGGUCUCAAAACACCCCCCAGGUCUGAGCAAACGCCUGCUGAGGGCGUGCUCACGGACAGCGGAAUCAGUGUUGCACCCCCACACCGUUCCAGGUGCCUCACGAACACCACCCAGCCCACACCCACUUGCCAAGCGGGUGAACCGACAAACGAGGAUGACGAUGAAAACCAAGACGAAGACAACAAAGACAACGACGAGGGCAAAGAGGGUGGUGAACACGAGGGCAAAGAGGAUGACGAGGGCGAAGACAACGACGGAGGCGAAGACGACACUAACGACCAGUCAACUGCCAACGACAACGACACCGCCAACAAUAACCAAACCGCCAACGACAACCCAAUGACCAACGACCAGCCCAUCGGGGAUGCCAACGACAGGCAGGAUGCCACCGACAUGCAAACCGUCCAUAUGGAUUCCAUGGAACAAGUCCAUGUGGAUUCCAUGGAUUCCAUGACCAUUGUACCAUUAGAAUACAUAUAA